AUGGUAUUAUUCUUCUCCACUUCAGGAUCGAAAGUGAAGAAAAUUGGAAUUGUGGGCGCCGGUGUUGCAGGCCUGCAAGUUGCUCGGUCACUCAAGGAGAGGGGGUUCGACUGUGUUCUUUUUGAUAAGGCGCCUGAUGUUGGAGGUCUUUGGCGAGAAAAUUACACUGGCUUUGGAAUUCAGGUUCAACGUAAACUCUUCGAGUUUCCCGAUUUCCCUGCUUCAUACGGUGAUUAUGCAUCUGGUCCUGAGAUCCAAGAGUAUAUCAAGUCAUUUGCUAUCAAGCAUGAUAUUCUAUCGAAGACUAGGCUGAACACGACCGUGGAGAAGAUUGCCCGAAGACCUGACGGAGAACGGGGAUGGGAAUUGACUGUCAAGACCCCAACUGGAAACCAAGAGAAACACACGUUCGAUUACACCGUCAUCUGCCAAGGUAUGUACUCUACCACGCCGAACAGGAUUCAUUACGAAAAUGAGGGUCAAUUCGCGGGGAAGAUCUUACACUCCAGCGAGUACCUCAGCCCGUCGAUCUCCGAAGGAAAGAAAGUUGUUGUUGUCGGUUCCGGCAAGUCUGCGAUCGACAUUGCAAUGAACGCUGGGGAGGUGGGAAACAGAUCGACACUUCUAUUUAGAAACGCCCAUUGGGGAACACCUCGCCUCAUCGCUGGUCUCAUCCCUGUUCGUUUCGUCUUCGCUAGUCGAUUUGGUCAAGCACUUGUGAGCUGGUAUAAGGGAGCUUGGCCCUCGCAAGGGGCAGCCAUCAAGAUUGCCCAUCAAAUCCUUUCGCCCGUGAUCAGUGGAGCCUUUCGGGUCGUGGAAGCAAUCUUCGCUUUCCAAUUCAAUCACAAGGGCAAAUGGAAACCAAGCAUGGACUUUGUCAAGGAUUUCUAUGGAUACGCACAGAUUCACUGCCCAACAUUCACCAACAUGGUUAGCGCAGGGAAAGUCCAGACAGUCCAAGGAGAAAUUCAAAGAUUUACUCAGGAUGGUGUCAUUCUGAAGGACGGAAGCAAGCUGGAGGCUGAUGUAGUGGUUCUUGGUACAGGAUUCUUGAAGAAGUACGCCUUCUUCGAUGCAGCGAUGGUCAAACAGCUUGGAGUGGAAGAAGAUGGACUGUACCUGUACAGGCACAUCCUGCCAUCACAUGUCCCCGACAUGGCCUUCGUAGGCGCUGAGUCAGCAAGCCUCUCCAACAUCACAACCUUCGCCAUACAAUCUGAGUGGCUCGCUCGCCUUUUGAACGGAGAGCUGAAACAGCCCGAACCAAGCGUGAUGGCAGAUGAAAUCAACAAGAUAAAGGAAUGGAAGAGAUCGUGGAUGCCAUUUACGACUUCUCGGGCUGGAAUAAUUCUGGCGCACUGGAUCCACUACCACGAUGAGCUGCUGAAAGACAUGAAGAUUCCUCAUCGGCGGAAAGGUACCAACUACCUCGCCGAGGUCUUCGCUCCUUACGAGCCGAGCGACUACCGCGACGUCUUGACGACGAGCGUCAAGAGUGCAUAG